GAAGUCGUGUUUGACUGACGUACGAUCAGAAUGGGACGCACCGAACUCACUACAGCUUGCAUUGAAAUAUUAUAGAAAUACUUCUGAUCCAUCGUACCUUCACAUCUUUCUGUGGCCCAUCACGAAAGGGACAACAAGGCGAUGUUCUCAGUCUAAGGUGGCGGUCUUACUGAAUGUCUACUCGUUCUGACUAGCUGUGGGAACGAGGAAGCAAGUUAUCCUAUCGUUACAUGGUCGCCCAAUCUCUCUGGCCCGCGGCACCUCCAGCUUCACGGCGGCGCGAGCCAACUUGCUCCUUCCUGUUGCCGAAUUAUCACGCAUUAUGACCGUGCUAUUUCCUCUCUCUUCUUGCGAUCUGCCUGUUCAGAGAAUCUUCGAACACGCGCCGGUCGUCCAUUCUUCUUCUUUUGCCUGUGUCCUGCCAGUUUCCAAGUCAGCAACGCCUCCGCCAUCCUCACCGGCCCCCUCCGCUCAUGCACGAUCUGUCCAUAUCCUGAACUUCGCACUCCUACAUUUUCCGCCAGUACCAGACUACGCCACCGCCACACUGGCGCACCCACCACCAAAGACACCACGUUCUCCUUCGCCUCAUCUCCUGACGUCGACACGGCGCCAAAAAUUCGACAGCAUGUAUCCUGUGCAUAGAUCGACGUUCACGGAGGAGAUAAGAUCGAUCUAUAUCGUGAGGAGCUUCUGA